AUGAAGAACGAAUCGCCACUCGAUGAUCAGGUACAUCCUCCUGCCCUUAAUCUCGAGGAGGAACCAGAAGAAGCUCGAUGGGAGAGAAAGGGACGCGAAAGGCCAGAAAAGUUUCAGUCGACAGCACAAGAAGUUGGCUUCAUAUUCGCCGUUGUCAUGGCACAACUCAUGUCCGAGUUCUUCGUUUCUGGCUUUAUCGUGCUUAUACCAACUCUGGCCACUGAGCUCAACAUACCACCAGAGUCAACGACCUGGCCGGCAGGUGCAUUCUCCCUGGUUGUGUCAACAUUUCUACUCCCACUUGGAAGGAUUGCCGAUAUGUAUGGAGCUUACCCUGUCUACGUAGGCGGCAUCGUCUGGACAGUGGUUUGGUCAAUCAUCGCAGGAUUCUCGACUAAUGAGAUAAUGCUGGAUGUAUGUCGCGCGUUCCAAGGAUUUGGCCCAGCUGCGUUCCUCCCAGCAUCGAUGGCUUUGCUCGGCAGCAUAUACAGACCAGGUCCACGAAAGAACCUCGUAUUUUCCAUCUAUGGCGCCAUGGCCCCUUUGGGCUUCUUUGUGGGCAUAUUCUUUGCUGGUAUCUCAGCUCAGUUCGCCAACUGGAGAUGGUACUUCUGGAUUGGCGCCAUCAUCAGCGCAUUCAGCGGACUGGCGGGGUUCUUGACCAUCCCCUCAGACAUUUCUGAGAGGCGGGCGAUGAAUGUCAAGAUGGACUGGCUCGGCACUUUUACGAUCUCUGUCGGUAUCGUUCUGGUUGUGUUUGCCCUGACAGGAUCUUCUGGAGCACCCCACGAAUGGGCGACUGACUACAUCAUUGCAACCAUGGUCCUUGGUGUGAUCUUCCUAGGCCUUUCCGUCUAUGUAGAGGGAUGGGUCGCCGAAGCACCCCUUCUGCCACCAGAGCUUUUCAAGAUAAAGUACAUGAAGCCUCUUGUUCUGGCUUUGCUGCUUACUUACGGCGGCUGUGGAAUAUACCUUUUGUACGCAACAAAUUACAUGAGCGAGAUCAUGAAUGGUUCUCCUAUGCAGCUUGUCGCCUGGUGGUCUCCAGCUGCAAUCGGAGGUUGUAUCAUUGCAACUGUGGGCGGAUUUGUGCUGCACUUGCUUCCUGGCACGAUACUUAUCGGCAUCGCCUCAGUUGCAUGGAUCGUUGCACCGUUGCUCUUCGCUCUCGUCCCCGUAGGUGGGCAAAACUUCUGGCCAUGGGUGUUCCCAGCGAUGGUGUGCUGUACGGUUGGCAUUGACAUUACCUUCAACGUUACCAACAUCUUCAUCACAACGAGUCUGCCUACCCGUCAACAGGGACUUGCAGGGGCGCUUAUCAACUCAUUGCUCCAGCUGGGCAUCGCGGUUGCUCUGGGUCUGGCAGACAUUACAGUUUCUCAGACGGCGGACCAAGGAGUGGCACAGAAGUACAAGAACGCAUUCUGGCUUGAGGUUGGAUUGGCUGGUGCGGCGCUCGUAGUUUUUCUUGGGUUUGUCAAGGUCGACAAGGCCAAAAGUCAAGCGACAGCAGAUGAGAAGGUUCAAACAUGA